AUGCAAGUUAUUUUGCCCUCUGUUCUGUGCCUUGUAUUCACUGUAGAGGGACAGGAUAUCUUUAUCUCAAAGGCUGGCCAUGCAGCUCGUCCUCAGUGCAGCCAUGUGAUCAGUUCUCCCAGCUACUAUUUUCAGCCUUUCUCAUUUACUUUGAAGGAAACUAUUCGAUAUGCAACAUCAAUUCCUUCUCCUACAACAACGCACACCUAUGCGCCUACAUAUACCGAUGCCGUCAAACACCUUACAACAAAACCAUUAACGUCGACCUGGGGCAGUUGGGUCCCUGGACAGACAGUAAUUAGUGCUAGUGAUACGAGUGAUCCAUAUGGGCAAGCAGCCUGGUCUUCAAUGUGGCUGGAAGCAGAUUUACAAAACUAUGUUACAACAGGGUUGUAUUCGACAACUGUCAGCCCUACACCGGUACCAACAAGCGAGCUUAUUUUGCCACCACCUGACUAUUUCGCGCCCACAGACUGCUACGAAUUUCCCGAUGACUUUAUGUUUGGUGUUGCCGGCAGUGCUGCUCAGAUUGAAGGAGCAAUUGCGCUUGAAGGACGUUCGCCAUCCUUGCUGGAAAAAAUAAUACCGGGUGACCUUCCAAAUGACUAUGUUACAAAUGAGAACUAUUUUCUAUAUAAACAGGACAUUGCACGACUCGCUGCAAUGGGAGUGGAGUACUACAGUUUCACAAUUCCAUGGACUCGAAUCUUACCUUUUGUUCUGCCUGGGAGCCCUGUCAACCAGCAGGCCAUUGACCACUAUAACGACUUGAUCAGUACUGUCCUUGAUGCGGGAAUGCAGCCUGUCGUGACUAUGCUCCAUUUUGACAGUCCUCUUAUAUUUGUUUCCAGUGAUAAUCUAAGUCGGCGUCCUGAUAUCGGUUCCCAUAAUGCUGGGUAUCAAAAUGAAACUUUUGUUGACGCAUUCGUGAACUAUGGGAAGAUUUUGCUCACGAAUUUUGCCCAUCGAGUACCAGUCUGGGUUACAUUCAACGAACCACUGCUUUAUGCCUUCAACUUUCAGGGCGUAGACAACGUCGUGCAUGCGCAUGCUGAGGUCUACAAAUUCUACCACAACCAAUUGAAAGGGACUGGGAAAAUGGGCAUCAAAUUCAGUGAUAAUUUCGGAAUUCCACUUAACCCGAAGAAUGCGAUUGGGAUUUUUGGAAAUCCCAUCUUCUUGGGCAAGCAGUACCCAGACUCUAUUCUACAGACACUCCCAGGCGCCAGGCCGCUAAGUCAAAAUGAACUCAAAUAUAUCGGCGGAACAUCUGAUUUCUUUGGAAUUGAUCCAUAUACGGCGACUGGGGUCUAUCCUGCCGAUGAAGGCAUUGAUGCUUGUACCAACAACACCUCGAGCUCUAACUCACUUUUACCCUACUGUGUCAACCAGGAAUCACGGAAUAUCCAUGGCUGGGAUAUUGGUUAUCGAUCAGAGUCCUAUGUCUAUAUUACGCCUACCUAUCUCCGGGAGUACCUGUCAUACUUAUGGAACACCUUUCGUCAUCCGAUCCUUGUUUCAGAAUUUGGGUUCCCCGUUUGGGAUGAGGCCAACAAGCAGCUAUCUGAUCAGCUAUUUGAUUCGCCUCGUAGUCAAUAUUACCUUUCUUUUAUGUCUGAGAUUCUCCACGCUAUACACCAAGAUGGUGUCAAGGUCAUCGGUGCCCUCGCCUGGAGCUUUGUGGAUAAUUGGGAAUUCGGAGAUUAUUCUGCACAAUUUGGCCUACAAAGUGUUAAUAGAACUACGCAGCAACGCCACUAUAAGAAGAGUUUCUUCGAGCUGGUUGACUAUGUGAAGACCAGACAGAAAUGA